AUUUUUUCCUAAUUAUUUUAUUUUGUUUUUUUCUUUUUCUUCUUCUUCUUCUGGUUCCCGCAGAGGGAGAGGGGAAAGAGGAGACCUUUCGAUAAAACAACAGUUUCCUGUUCUGUUCGGCAGCUCGUAUAAUUUUAUUUUUUUAUGAUCCGGUAAAGCGAGCGCGAUAUCCAGGGCACGCAAUAAGGAUUCUCGCCGGAGGAAUUACUCUUCCGCAGUGUUUCAGUGUCGCCGGAAUUGGACUUCCAGCGAUCUCAUUUGUUUUGGCCGUAAUAAGGAGGAGGAUUGGUUGAUUUGCUUUGGUGCUGGUGGGGGGUUUUUGAAGAAAUUCUGGGGAAAGAAAAAGAUGGUGAAUCCUAUGGUGGAAAGAGCUACGAGCGACAUGUUGAUCGGGCCUGAUUGGGCUAUGAAUAUCGAGAUCUGCGAUAUGUGCAACCACGACCCUGGACAAGCGAAAGAUGUCGUAAAAGGAAUAAAGAAGCGCCUUGGAAGUAAGAAUGCUAAAGUUCAACUUCUUGCAUUGACAUUGUUGGAGACUAUCAUAAAGAAUUGUGGGGAUAUCGUCCACAUGCAAGUGGCAGAGAAAGAUUUGCUCCAUGACAUGGUGAAAAUAGCGCGGAAAAAGCCUGACUUUCAUGUGAAGGAGAAGGUUCUGACUCUAAUAGAUACAUGGCAAGAAGCUUUCGGAGGGCCAAGGGCCAGAUAUCCUCAAUAUUAUGCAGCAUACCAGGAGUUAUUGCGAGCUGGGGCAGUGUUUCCUCAGAGAUCAGAGCAAUCGGCACCAGUUUUCACUCCUCCUCAGACACAACCUCUGUCAUCUUAUCCUCAGAAUCUGCGGAAUCCUGAGGCGAGACCAGAUCCAGCUGAACCUUCCGAGUCUGAGUUCCCAACCUUGAGCUUGUCAGAAAUCCAAAAUGCGCGUGGUAUCAUGGAUGUCCUUGCAGAAAUGCUUAGUGCUCUGGAUCCAGGAAACAAAGAGGGGCUACGGCAGGAAGUUAUAGUUGACCUAGUGGACCAGUGUCGCACAUACAAGCAGAGAGUGGUGCACCUUGUUAAUUCGACAGCGUAAGUUUCUGUUUAUAUCACCUCGAUUAUAUGAAUUAUAAGUAAUCAAUCCUUCUAAAAUUUUACCACUGCUCAUUUUCAUUAACUAAUGUUGGGUCUGCUGAUCAUAAAAGCGUUGACUCUGCUAGUCCAUGUCUUCUACUCGACGCUUAUAUUCUUUUACAAGCUUGCGUAUUUUGCAAAGUUGUCGUUGCUUCUGUUGGUAUAGAGUUGAAAUAUAUACAAUGAGUCAGGAGUUGGGACUUAGGAGGAGUUUGCGAGCCACCUUUCAUAUAUUAUUUCAUUUUUUAUUGGGUUAUAGGUCACGAUGUUAAAGUUGUACAAGUUCAGUGAAUAGAUUUCUGGUUAGUACAACUUCACAGGGUAUCUCUAUUAUAGAGCAUUAGUGUGGUUUUGUUGAGAUGGUUUUCCUCUUUCCAGGGAUGAAUCUCUACUAUGUCAAGGGUUGGCUCUUAAUGAUGACUUGCAGCGUAUUCUGGCCAAACAUGAAGCCAUUUCUUCAGGAACUGUUCUUCCAAAAGAUAAGCCAAAGACGGAUGCUCAACCUAGUGGGAGUCUAGUCGAUGUUGGUGGUCCUCUAGUUGAUGUUGCGGCCGACAAACACGUCAACCAACAAUGUUUUUUUUUUUCUUCUGCAGAUCUCCUUCGAGUUCAAGUGGAGCCGCUCAGCCACUGAACCAACUAUUGCUGCCUGCACCUCCCACGAGCAAUGGUCCAGCCAAUCCUAAGAUGGAUCUGUUAAGUGGUGAUGACUUCAGCUCACCAAAGGCUGGUGACACUUCACUUGCUCUUGUUCCUGUUGGUGAAACGCAGGCAACUGCUUCUCCAUCUCAGCAGAACGCACUCGUUCUAUUUGACAUGUUCUCCGACAAUCAACCGAACGGUGUUGUCAACAAUCCUGCCAACACCGUCAACAUGCACCCUACUCCAUUCGAUGGUCAAAAUAACACUAUGACCCAACAAUUCCAACCACAACAAAAUUUCCAAUCACCGGAACAGCCUGGGAUGUAUCCUAACGGAACCACACCGAAUACGGGAUCACCAUUCAUGCAAGGUGCUGUUCCUGCCUGGAAUGGACAGCUCACCCAGCAGCCUCAACAGCCCGCCUCUCCAGUUUACGGCUCACAAACAGACGGCUCGCUACCUCCACCACCAUGGGAAGCCCAGCUAGCAGCAGAUGGCGUCGGAAGCCCGGUUGCAGGAUCUCAAUACCCGUCUCAACCCAUGCAAGUUACACAGGUGGUCGUCACCCACAGUCAGCCCAUGACGAACCAUAUGCACCCGAUGGGACCAAUGGGAGCCGAACCUGGCGUGGGAAUCUACAUCCAACCAUCUUCAAGCGCACCAAUGUCACCCAUGAGCAAUCCAGCAGCUGGAGGACAGGGCAACCCGUAUUUCGGAAUGCAGUAUCCCCAGCCAGCCGGAGCAGGGCAGCAGUACAUGGGUAUGGGAAUGGGAAUGCCGCCACAAUUGCCAAUGUAUCCUCAACAGCAGCAGCAGCAGCAGCAGCAUAUGUACAGCAACCAAAUGGCAGGAUACGGAUAUGGAUACGGCGGCGGUGGUGGUGGUGGUGGUAUGUACGGACAGCAACCGCAGAAACAUCAACUGACGCCUCAGCAGCAACGGUACCUAGAGCAGAAAAUGUAUGGCAUGUCCGUGAGAGACGACAGCAGCUUGAGAAGCUCGUCGUCUUACAGCCUACCUUCGUCGAACUCAUCGUCUAUGGUCCCAAAGCCAUCGAAGCCGGAAGACAAGCUGUUCGGCGACCUGGUCGACCUUACCAAGUUCAAGCCGGCGAAAACCUCAGGCGGUAGUAUGUGACAUCUCAGCCCAGUCACUGUGCUUUCUCCAUUAUUCUUUUUUCUUACAGCAUUUCUGGGUUUUUACGUUCGUUCACUCGAUCAGUUCUUUUGUUUUUACCAAUUAGCUUGGUUAUAACUUGCAUCUUCACUCCUUGUUUUUCCUUCAUAUAUUGGUUUUACUUCCAUUAUAGUGUUCCUCGGCUUUUUUGGUCCUGGCCUGGCUAUAAUAAUCACACUUUUUCUGUACAUGAUUCUUGUUAGAGAGAAAGAUGGAACCUUCAAAUAUAUAUUUUGUAGAAGGGCAUCUGGGUUUUCCCCCCUACUUGUUCAGACCUGGUCCGUAUCGGAACGCACCAUAUCAAAUCGACAUUCGAACUCGAUCAUAUCGAAUAUAAUGUG